UUGAAUUCUCUCUAUCUCUAUCUCUAUAUAUCUACAUUAUAUAUAUUUAAUGGCAUCAUCAGCCAGUGGACUCUCCUUUGAUUCAGAUCCCAUCAGAUUACUAAUAUUUCCUCACACCACCCACCACAAGACACACACACACUACUUAUGGACACCUUAGACAAAGUCAACAACGGACCACCACCACCGUCUUCACCGCCACCAACCACCAUACAAUUCCAUGAUCUUCCUAAUGGCGGCCAAAUUAACGAAAUGGAUUUCUUUGCUAACAAGAAACAUCAAGAAGACCAUUCCAUGUUGCCUACCUCAACCUCAAAUCCUUCCGAUCUCGAAUUAGACUGUAAUAUCAACACCGGGUUACACCUUGUAACCGGAAACACAAGCAGCGAUCAGUCGGUAGUUGAAGACGGUUUCUCUCCGAAUUCCGAAGAUAAACAAGUGAAAACCGAGUUAGCAAUGGUUCAAGCUGAAUUAGAGAGGAUGAACAUGGAGAACAAAAAAUUACGAGAAGUGUUGAAUCAAGUAACGCUUAGUUACAACGCGUUACAAACGCACGUCGUAUUGAUGAUGCAACAACAGAAACAAAAAGCCGAACAUCAUCAGCAACAACCGUAUAUCGAAAAAAUCAAUGAUUGUAAAACGAGUACUAAAGACGAUGGAGGUGGAGGUGGAGGUGAUCAACUUAUGUCUACGGUCGUUCCUAGACCGUUUAUGGAUCUAGGUCUAGCUGCGGUAGCUGAAACCGACGAAAAUUCGAAUUCACAAUCAUCGUCUGAAGGGAGAAGUCAUGAUAAUCAAGAACGAAUUAGGGAUCAGGAAAGCCCCGAAUUACAACAACCUAAUAAGACUGAUGCUAAUAAGACUCCGAGAUUAGGCUCCACGAAUAAUACUACUAAUAUUGAUCAAGCUACCGAAGCUACUAUUCGGAAAGCUAGGGUUUCUGUUCGUGCUCGAUCAGAAGCUCCCAUGAUUGCGGAUGGAUGUCAAUGGAGAAAAUAUGGACAAAAAAUGGCGAAAGGAAAUCCAUGUCCAAGAGCGUAUUAUCGGUGCACCAUGGCCGCGGGUUGCCCAGUUAGGAAACAAGUGCAACGAUGUGCGGAAGAUAGGACGAUUUUGGUUACCACAUAUGAAGGGACUCAUAGUCACCCUUUACCUCCAGCAGCUAUGGCGAUGGCGUCAACCACGUCAUCCGCAGCUAGGAUGUUACUAUCGGGAUCUAUGCCAAGCUCGGAUGGAAUGAUGAACUCCAACUUUCUAGCUAGAACUUUGCUUUCUUCCUCUUCAAGCAUGGCAACAAUUUCGGCAUCUGCACCAUUUCCUACAGUCUCAUUAGACCUGACCCAGACUCCAAGCCCGUUGCAGAUGCAACGGACUAGUCAAGGUCAAUUUCAAGUACCGUUUUCCAACUCUAGCGGCCAGCAGAAUUUCACUGGCCCAAAUGCUGCGCUACUGCCCCAGAUUUUCGGGCAGGCUUUAUAUAACCAGUCGAAAUUCUCGGGGCUACAAAUGUCAAAUGAUAAUGAGAUCAGUGGUAUUAGCACACAAUUACUCGGUCUUCCGCAAUUAUAUCACCAAGGAGCGUCACCGGGCACUUUGGCUGAUACUGUGACUGCACUUACUGCUGAUCCAAAUUUCUCGGCUGCUCUAGCCGCAGCGAUUACGUCGGUUUUUGGUGGCGGUUCACAACCGGAAAACAACGGUGGCAGUGCUAAUUAUAAUGGAAAUGUCACCAACAACAAUGGCAGUGCAACUACUACCAACAAUAAUAGCCAUGGAGAUAAAUAGAGUCAACAACUCAAGUUUUCAAGGCAAUUAAUUAGCCAUAAUUAAUAAAGAGGGUAUACUUUUUCUUUCCCCUUUUUAAUAUCUUUUGGUCAUUAAACUAGACACACUUUUUCUUCUUCAUUUUGGAGUGUUUUUUCUUCUUCUAAGAAGAAUGAGGGUAAGGUAGCUAGAUUUUUUCAUUCUUUGUUGUUUGAAUAGUUAAUUAAGCCAGGCAGGCAAUUAACUUUUUCAUCAUAUAUAUCUUCUUACAAUAAUUAUGUAAUAAUAAGAUAUUAAAAGAAAACCAGUUAAAAGUUUACUCAUUCUUUUUCACCGUAU